AAGACUGAGACAUCGAGGUUUCUAUUAAGAUCCUUCAUGUGUUCUUACUUCUGUUGUCAUAAAUAUGUACCACAGUUAUUUUCUAACACUUGCAGUGCUACACGGUUGCUUUGAUUCUACGCAGAGUGUUUCGCACCCAGGAAAAUGCAGACAUGACUUCGGAUCUGAUGAGGUCCAAGUCAAUUGUAUGUCUGUUAACUUCAAAGAGUUACCCAGCAAGGCCUUCCCAGGUAACACUACAGACCUCAGUGUCCGCUUCAGCAAUUUAAGCUCAAUAACAUCCGAUGACCUGAAGAUCUUGUCCCAUCUGAGGCAGCUCAGUCUGAUCAGAAACCAGCUGCCUGUACUACCUGCGGACCUGCUUUUGGGCCUGUCUAACCUUCAAGUGCUUGACCUUACAGGUAACAAACUGACAGCUUUAUCGUCGCGAGUGUUUCAUCAUUCCCCUCUUGUGGAGCUCGCGCUCUCAGAUAACCUGCUUUCUGAGAUAGAUGCCGACUGUCUGCCUGUAAACAGCUCUCUCCGGAGGUUAGAUUUAUCGUCUAACAGAUUCACCCAGCUGCCCGUGGCCUUCCUGCAAAGACUAAAUGAUCUUGAGAGCUUAGAUUUAAGAAACAACCAGCUGGAGGAACUGGCUCCCGGAGCCCUGAUCUCUCUGCCCAAACUUGAGGCUCUGUACCUGGAAAACAACAGACUGAAGUCUUUAGAUGCAUCAGCUUUCAUUGGUAACCCAGCCCUUCGCCAGAUGUUCUUGAGUGGCAACCGUUUGGAGAACCUGCCUGCUGGAAUCUUCCUCAAGCAGGAAGAGCUCGUUUUCCUUGACCUCAGGAACAACUAUCUGCAAAACCUGACCCCAGGUGUCCUGGAUGGACGCCUGUAUGCUGCGCUGUCUGGUAAUCCAUGGCACUGCAACUCUAGUUUGGCGUAUCUGUGGCGCUGGACGCGUGUGAACGGAAAACGGAUUUUUCAUGCUGGUAAAAUCGCUUGUCAAACACCUGAACACAUGAAGGGUAGAAAUAUCAGUGAAAUUGCUGCCACAGAGCUCGGUAUCAGGGACUAAGAAAAUCAUCUAAUCAAAUAAAUACAUAUAUAGCUAUUUUGAAACCUUGUAAAUACUUUAAAAACCGUAAAAGAAGAAAUAUUUAUUUACAAAAUGAUUAGAAAUUCAUAUUUUUUGAUUGUAUUGUUAUAGUUUUAAAAAUUGUUGUUUUUUUUUUUUUAAUUUUUAAUUUCCUUUAGAGAACUAACUUAAUCCAAAUAGCCUAUUUUGAUACUUAUAUAUUUAAAGAAAGAAAGCCUGGUGUUGGUCAGCAGAGGGCGCUAAACUCUUAUCAAAAUAAUUAGAGGUACCUACUGCAUGUCUUGAGGGAAGUGUGGUUUCACACUUUUAUUUUUAAAUGUGUUCUCUUUUAUAACUGUUCUGUUUUGUUUCUGUUAUAUGUUUUUUUUUUUUUUUUUUUUUUUGUU